GCUAUGAGAAUAUGGGCGUGUUCUGUUACCAUGGAAACCCCACGUAUCAAACAACUAGUGUUAGAUUAGAAUGGCUGUAUCUACUAGUACUGUAUCAUUUGGUUCCUCUAAUGGAAGAAACAAGCGAUCACACAUCAAGAAAGCUACAGAUUCAUCAGUAGAUGAGACAUUGUUUGGACCUCCUGCCCGUCUCUCAAUGAUGACUGGAAACAGAUCAUGGACUGAUGGAGGAGAGGAUCUAACUGGAAGAAAUAGAAAGACUAAGAAAGAUGAUGUUAUUGAAGUUAUUACUAAAGACCUUGUACGGAAUUUAAAAGUGCCAUCAACACCAGAUCCAUCAGGAAUGUCAGUAAUUUUACACCAAAAAGAAUACAAACGACUCAAAACAAAGGCCCAAGUGUUAACUACUGCUGAUAUCAAAACGAAGCAAAGUGACAUCAAAAUGCUGAAGGAGCAGAAAAUGGAGGAAUCAAAUACGAGGAAGAAACUGAUGCAGCAACUUGAAGAGAAGAGAAGAAAGAAUGAGAAACCAUCAGACCUGGAAGAAGAGGCAGCCAUGAAUGAGAACCACAUCACUGCAAGAGCGAAAGAAUUACUGGAUGAACAAGAAGAUGAAAUAAAGAAACUAAAUGAAUUAAUACUAAAUGCAAAAUGUCAUGCAAUCCGUGACACACAGCUAGAAGAAAAGAAAGAAAUAAAAGACUCUGUAAAAGAGGAAGAAAGACGUCUUGAUGAUAUAAUGGAGGCCGAGAGAUUGAGAGCAAUUGAGGAACAAGAAAAGAAAGAGAGAGAGAAGAAGAUACAGCGACUGCAGGGAGCAAAAGUGAUACACCAGCAAAUCGAUGAGAGAGAAGUUCAAAGAACAUUAGACAAGGAAAGGAAAGACCAAGAGACACAGCAAAUGCUAAAGUACAUGGAGAGACUCCAGCAAGAAGAUUGGGAGAAUCUACUGAAGAAGAAAGAAGCACAGAAGAGCUUAAUGGAGGAAGUAACCAAAUGCAAUCAUGAGAUUGAAAUGUUGAAGUCCAGAAUGAAAGAGCAAGAGAAAAUGGAAGAUCUCAAGAUAAUGGAAUACCUCAAGGAUAAACAAACAAGGGAAGAGAUGCUAGCUCAAGAAUUGGAAAAGCAAAAGAUAGAGAAGGAGUUGGAAGUGGCCAGACUGAGGGCACAGCAGGAGAAAGCAAAGGACAAACAAGCAGAAAGAGAUGCUUUGAGAGCAAAGAGGAAUCAGGAGCAAUUUGAGAGAGAAUGGAGGAGAAAGGAGAAAGAAGAAGCACAGAAAAAAGCUGAGACAGAGAGAAAUCUCUGUGAUGCUAGAGAAGAGCAGGUUCGUAAUAAAGAGCAUUUCCUGGCGGUCCAGGCUCAAAGAGAAAGAACUGAAUUUGAAAGAGUUUUAAAGAGACAGCAAGAAAUGAUGUCACAAGAUGAGAGACAGAAACAAGAAAUGGAAGAGAGGAGAAGAAAACAUGCAGCAGAUGUCAGAAAACAAAUUCGAAUCAAAGAAGACGAAUUAAGAAAAGAAAGAAAAGAAUACUUUAAUGAAGGAAUGAGACUGGAUAAUGAAGCCAAGGAGAGGCGUCGCAGAUUAGAUGAAGUGAAGCAGAGGAAGCUCUCUGAGCUCAAAGAGGCUGGCAUUCCGGACAAAUAUUGCGCCGAAAUUAGCAGAAAAAUAACAGCUCCACCCACCUCAUUCGUCAAAUAAAGGACAAUUGUACACUCCAUGACAUAACAUAAUAAUAAUAAUAAUAAUAAUAAUAAUAAUAAUAAUAAUAAUAA